AUGGAGCGGCGAACCAUUCCCCAGGGCAUUCCCUGCAGCUCCCUGCUCCUGCUGCUCUGCAGCCUGAAAGCUUCCCUCGCCUUUCCCAACUCCUCUCCACUGCUGAGUUCCAGCUGGGGCAAUGGAGACCACCUGAUGCACCUCUACACCGACACAGAGAGGAGCAGCUUCCACCUCCAAAUCAAUGCUGAUGGCUACAUUGAUGGUGCUCCUCACCAAACCAUCUACAGUGCCUUAAUGAUCAAGUCUGAGGGUGCUGGCUCAGUAAUAAUCACAGGUGUGAAGAGUGGACGCUACCUGUGUAUGGACAUGAAAGGAAACAUAUUUGGCUCGCAUUACUUCAGCCAAGAGGACUGUGUGUUCACCCACAGGACGCUGGAAAACGGGUACGAUGUGUACCAAUCCCCCAAACACCACUUUUUGGUGAGCUUAGGCAGAGUUAAACAAGCCUUCUCCCCUGGUAUGAAUCUACCACCAUACUCCCAGUUUUUGUCCAGGAGGAACGAGAUCCCUCUGUUCCGAUUCAACACCCCCGAGCCCCACAGACAUACCAGGAGUGCAGAUGUUGAUCCGGUAGAUCCUCACCAGAUCCUGGUUCCGCAGAGGAAGGCCCCGGUGUUUGGCUCCCUGCAGCAGCAGCCAGCAGACUUUCCCCACAUGCCCAGGGAGCCCAUGAGGAUCAACCAGAAUGACGUGGUGAACCCCGAUGAUCCCCAUGCUAUGAUGGAGGCCCGGAGGUACCCCAGCCCCCGCUUCUACAUCACAAGAUAA